UAUAUUCUGUUUUAUUUUUUUUUUAAAUUCAAUUUCCUGUAUUUUUGUGUUCUUUACAAGUGUUUAAAGCCAACACUUCAAAUCGGCUCUCUGUCAAGCAUGAACCAAAAAUUAGAUUAUACAUUCAAACAAGAUUUUAACAUAUUCCUCCUACUUUCUGUACCCGUGUUAUGUUGAGAAAAAAAAAGCUGCUGUGACACGUUUGAGGACAGGAAGGUUUACAGGAUUCACCAGCAGGGCAAGUCACAUUUGGGGAGGAAAAAAAAAAUUUUUACCAUCACAAGAACAGGUUUAGACAUGAGUUAAUAAAAGAUUAUGGACAUUUAACUGUUGUUUGUUAUUGACGUAAUCCCUGUCGGGUUUUGGUCUCAAAUUUCUACUAAGCAAUUGGAAAAGGGACAAGUUAAGAACUGUCUACGCACACUAAACGUAUAAGAAUGGAUGAAAUGUCUUCUUAAAAGUAAACUAUUAUGCUUCCUAGAACAGAUUAGAAUGGAUCUAUGGGUAGGGUUGCUAGGUGAGUUGCUAGGUAACUGCGCAGUGAAUGAGAGCUUUUUGAAACGGCUCUUUUUCCAGACACCGAAAAACAUGAACUUAUUGCCAAAAAACUGUUUUUUUUAAUUUUUUAAAGCUCUUUGGUUGUUUUUAGAAGCAGCUGUGACACAACUGGAAGUAUAAAAGUGAAUGUUUCAUAAUUCUAAGGCCUUUAUCUCAGUCUAGAUGGAUUUAUAUCACAAAUAUGAAGGCUUUCCCUCUCAAUAAAAAAAAAGGAAAAAAAUUCCCUACCAUCGAUAAAUACAUUAUUCUGGUCCAGACUUUCUCAUUGGUCCCUCAGCUUGUAUUGGUGUCGUUGACACAAAGUGACAGAGCUGUAAAAACAGAGCAUCACAUUGUGCUGUGUGGGGGGUGACCUAUUGUCUGCUACAUGUCCACUGCUAUGGAGGCGCUUUGGAUCGUUGUGGCAUGUGCGCUCCUGUCCUGCCCUGUCAAAGGUAACGACUGGUGGGGGGAAUUUCAUGAGGGGAUUCGACACUACAGUGAGGAGGACCUCAAUAAGACGUUUCCAGAGAAAACUCGACCCAGGAACUUCCAACAUCCUCCGUUCCAGUGUCCUGACAUGACCCCGUCUCCCACUGUCCCCUCUUCAGUUGAAUUGGUGAAGGCAGCGGAUAUAAAAGUCAUCGCUGCCUUGGGGGACUCAGUGACUACAGCCUUAGGUGCCAAUGCCACAACUGUGCUUGGAAUCCCAGUAGAAUAUCGCCAUGUCUCGUGGAGUAUUGGAGGCCACGGCACUUUUCAAGACGUCAUCACUCUGGCGAACAUCAUCAAAUUAUUCAACCCCACUCUGAUCGGCGCUUCUACUGAGAAGACCAUCCACGGGGCGGAGGCUCCUAUUAGCAAAACCGGCUUUAAUCUGGCCAAGUCCGGAGAAAACGCCUACCACCUCCCAAAUCAGACAAGAAACUUAAUUGACGCCUUGAAAAAACACGAGGGUGUUGACUUUGACAAAGACUGGAAGCUUCUGACCAUCCUCAUAGGCAUGAAUGACAUUUGUGAUUACUGUAAAGAUAAGGAUUUGCAUUCGGCGGAUAACUUCAUUAAAUUCAUGAACGUCUCUCUAACAAUGCUUAUGAAUGAGGUUCCCCGUAUGAUCGUCAACGUGGUGCAGAUUUGGACAAUGCAUUUUUUGAAGGAGGUGCGGAAGCCUGCCCCGGGGUGCAGUCUGCAGCGGUCCUUCUGCCCGUGUCUGAUCGAGCCACUGGCCGACUCUCCUGAACUUGAGAAGUUGGUUCAGGUCAAUCUGGAGUUUCAGGGGAGACUUGAGAAGCUGCUGCACAGCAAUCGCUUCUUCAAACAGGAUUUUGCUGUUGUCCUGCAGCCUUUCCUCAAACGAGCUGACCCCCCACGCUUCCCGAACGGGAAGAUUGACGCGGACUUCUUCGCUCACGACUGCUUCCACAUCACCAUAAAGGGACACGAGGAGCUGGCUAAAGCACUGUGGAACAACAUGUUUCAGCCUGGGGGAAAGAAAAUUAUUGUGAACAGUUUUUCUGACCGCGUCAAGCUCAUCUGCCCACCAAAGGAACACCCGUACAUCUACACCCGUCCGUUCAUACCCAUACCCAUGCCGAGUUCGUCUCUUCCUCGCUCCAAGUCCACGUCACCGGCAGCCGCCGUCCUGCUCCUCCUGCUGUACGUGGCUUAAACGCAGAUUUCAAGUUCUGGUCAGAACUUUACUGCCACGAGAAUAAACGCUAAAAUCAUUCA